GUGGCUGCACCCAAAAUUCUCUUUUUCCUUCAUUACCACUUCUCAUUUCUCCAUCUCUUAUAUAUACAUUAAUACAUGUAAGUUAGGCGGUGGAGCUUUUCGUUUGGAGACUCUCUCUCUCUCUCUCUCUAUAAUGGCGCCAGGCAGGACCACGGAAAGAGAGAAGACGCUGCUGAACCAGCACACCGAGAAGCACUUCACCGCCGGCAACGUCGUCCGCGACGUUAUCAUCGGCGUCUCCGAUGGCCUCACCGUCCCCUUCGCCCUCGCCGCCGGCCUCUCCGGCGCCAACGCCUCCUCCUCCCUCAUCCUCACCGCCGGCCUCGCCGAGGUCGCCGCCGGCGCCAUCUCCAUGGGACUCGGCGGGUAUCUUGCGGCCAAGAGCGAAGCUGAUCACUACAUGAGAGAGCUGAGGAGAGAGCAGGAAGAGAUCGUCGACGUUCCUGACACAGAGGCUGCGGAGGUAGCGGAGAUACUGUCGGAGUAUGGCAUAGAGCCGCACGAGUAUAGGCCGGUGGUGAAUGCUCUCAGGAAGAAUCCGCAAGCUUGGCUUGAUUUUAUGAUGAAGUUCGAGUUGGGAUUGGAGAAGCCCGAUCCAAGGCGAGCGAUUCAAAGUGCGCUCACCAUUGCCAUUGCUUACAUCAUUGGCGGACUGGUCCCUCUCACCCCUUACAUUUUCAUUCCAAUCGCAAGAAAGGCUGUGGUUGCAUCAGUGAUCUUAACUCUAAUCGCAUUGUUAAUAUUUGGCUAUGGGAAAGGUCACUUCACUGGAAGUAAACCCGUUAAAAGCGCUUUACAGACUACUCUGAUUGGAGCCAUUGCAUCUGCAGCUGCUUUUGGCAUGGCCAAGCUUGUCCAAGGAUAGCUCCUCUCAAGUAUUGCUGGGUAAAUAGCUCUUUUGACGAAGUUUCUAGUUUGCACAAGUCUUAAUGUUGGAAUUUCAGACAGCUUCAGUUCUUGUUCUUCCUUUCUCUAGUGAUGUUUUCAGCAGAUUCACAAGUUCUGGUAGAUACGGAUUCGAGAUGUAGUUCUGAUAGGUGUCUAAUUACAAAUAAAAUAGUUUGCAUGUCACUUAAUUCUAAAUGCAAUUUUUUUGGCGCAACCCAAAGGAAGCCCUG